AUUUAAUCAAUUCUUCUCGCCUUGUCUACCGUUGGGUUUAUAUCCACGUUAAAUGUUGAAUAUCUUUUUUCACAGUUGUUUAAUGUUCAUCUUUUAGGAUUGUAUAGUUAGGAUCUGAUGUCAAUCGAUUUUUAAAGGCUCGUUACGAAGAUAUUAGAGAAGCUUUUUAUAAUGCAUUUUAGUGGAAAUGAUGGUGAAGUUUUAUUGAAGUCCAGCGGUUGUUUCUAUGACUGCGUUACGUUAUGUCCGAUGCCGAAGUUUGUGAUUCAGUUGGAAAAGAUAUUCAGAAGGAAAUAUCAGACAAACUUUCUGCUGCAAAAGAAUGGGGAAGUUAUUUAUUUUCAAAAGCCGUGAAGUCCAGUGAGGAAGCAGUUAAAAGACUUAGUGAUCGAAUAGAUUUAACCGAAAUCAAAUCAGUUGUAAGUGAUGUAACAGCUUCUGUCAAACAGGUCCCACUCAUACGUGAGUUUGAAAAAGCUCAAGCUGACUUUGCUGUAACAUCUCAAAAUAAGAAUGAAGAAGCAAUCCGUUUUCGUUCAUCAUCUCAAUCUGAACUUCCACCAUGGCAUCCCGAUAUAUGCGGACUAAGUGAUUCUGAUGCUUUAUCUUCACUGAAAGAACAAAUCUUAGCUUUAAGUCAAAAUCCGAAUAACUUUCUUAUUUCUCCUCCUGAAGAAGCUCAACUCAAAUGGACAUCACCAAUACCUGACAAUUUAUUACGUGAAGCUCAAAUCCUUUUAAAAGAAGAUCCUAAUUUAGGUUCUAUAAGGUAUCUACUUGUCCCUAGCAAAAUUAGUGAAGAGAUAUUUUGGAGAAAUUAUUUCUAUCGUUUAUCCUUAAUACAACAAUCUGCUAGCCUCUCCGCUGUUAUGGAUAAUGCUCACCAACCAAACAUUGGUAAUAAUGGUGGUAUUACAAAUGAUAACAAUGUAUCUGACACUGAUUUUGUAUGCAUUGAACAAAAUCCUAUUUGGUCUAGAAUGAAUACAAAUCUUAAAGAAAAGGAAAAAGCUAAUGAAGGUUUAAAUAAUAAUAAGAAUAAUCGUAAAAUAAAUAAUUCUUCUAUGCAAUCAAAAAUAACAUCAGAUAAAUCUUCAAGAUCUAAAGAGAAAUUUAAAAUGAAUUCAACAAACAUUUCUAAAGAUUCAUCAACUUCUAUUUUAAAUAAUUCACAAAAUAAUGAUAAUUCUUCUCAUACUUCUUCUAUUAAAACAUUGGAAGAACAAUUAGAAGAAGAGAUUGCUCGUGAAGUUGAUGAACUUGUUUUAACUAAAUCAGAGAAUAAUUCCAUUUAUCCAAAUAGUAAUAAUAAUGAUAUAUCUGUGACAGAUGAAGUUGAUGAAGAAUUAGAAUUGGAAAUAUUAGCUGAAUUAGAAAAUGGUCAUAAUAUUACCAAUCAUUCCACUAAUUAUAAUCAUCAUUCUAAUAAUAAUGAUAAUAUCAAAGAAGCUAAUAGUUAAUGAUAAAUAUUAUGCAAAAGAAAAAAAUAAUGCUAAACAAGAAAAAAAAACAAAAAGUAGAUAUUCAUUGAAAACACACUUUUAAUUCUUUUUUUCUUUUUUAAUGCCAUUGAAAAUUUAAAAUACAAUAAAAAGUGUUUCUAUCAUUUGUAUAAACAAAAGAAGAAAAUAACAAGACAUAAUUAUCUUUUAAUAUAUACAUUAUUGUUUCUUUGUUUUGCAAGUAAUUUCCUUUUUCCCCCUCCCUUUUUUGGCAAAUUAAAAGAAAUACUGAUCACCUGAUUAUCAUUGAUCAUGUUGUGUAGUUUCGUUGUUUGUUUCUCUCUUAAUUUGUCCAUUGUGUGUGUGUAUGUAUGUAUUUAUGUAGUGUAUUUACCACUUUCCUUUUCACACUUUUUUUCACAUAUCAAUUAGUGAUCACUAUAUUAUUAUUAUUACUAUGCUUGUUUAUUUGAUCUUUUUUUCCCUCAAAUUACUUUUUUCUCAAUAUAAAGUCAUUAAUUCUUAAAAUGUUUUUAAUUGUAUUAGAAGGUUUAAUUAUUUGUUUUCAUUAGUAAUGUAAUAAAGUUGCUUUACAUAAUCAAUUUUAUAUACAUGUAUAUCAAUCAGUUAGUCAUAUAUGUAACGUAGAACCUGAUACAUAUUUCCAUUGAUUGAGGUUCCUAUGUUACAUUAACACUGUGAGACAAUUGUCAGAGUAGUAUAAGUAGUAUUAAAAAUAUCAUUAUUAAUAGUAGAAAAUAUUAUGCAUCGAUAAUAUGAUUUCAAAACAAUGUUUUCACAAAAUAAGAUAAUUUUGUAACGUUAUGUUUAAGGAAAGACAAGGAGUGAAUAGAUCCACUCGAUUAUGCUGGCUUCUAAACUAUUUCAUCUACCGUUUCCAUCUGCUGAUCACGAUAAACAGAUAAAUAUUAACGAAGAUGGUCUAUACCCAACCUAACACAGGAUCAAAUCAGCAGUCGAUGAAUUUCGUAAGGCCUUAGUUUGCUCGCCCCCAUAUUUUCAAACUAAUUCUAUGCCAGUAAACAUCAUUUGCUGAAGUAAAUGGUUACCGCACAUUACAACGACAAUUAUGUAUUCCCCAGAACACAUUGUAAUAAUGAAUAAAUACUUCAACUUUAUAUUAAUUUAUGUUGUACAAAUAUUAACUCCAGUAAAAUUAACACGUAGAUUUCAUUAUUACAAUAAAAAAUUUCUGUGAUGGCAAAUUUUGGUUUGAUU